AUGCGAGUGUUGUUGGAGGCCCUUAAGUCACAACAGAAAACCUUCUCGCCUCACACUGUUAUCCUACACGGAAGACAAGGAGUUGGAAAGUCGGCUUUGGCCAGAAGUAUCAUUCUGGGCUGGGCACAGGGUAAACUCUACCAAGAUGUGUCCUAUGCCUUCUUCUUCUCUGUUAGAGAAAUAAAAUGGAGAGAGAAGAGCAGCUUGGCACAGUUGAUUUCCAGGGAGUGGCCAGACUCCCGGGCUCCGGUGACAGAGAUCGUGUCCAAACCGGAAAGGCUCUUGUUUGUCAUGGAUGGUUUUGACGAUCUGGGUUCUGCCCUUCUCCUUGAUGACGUGAGGCUCCCUGAAGACUGGGAGGAUGAACAGCCCACAUACAUCCUGCUGUACAGCCUCCUGACGAAGGCUCUCCUACCCGAGUCCUUUCUCGUGAUCACCACCAGAGACACGGGCUUGGAAAAGCUCAAGUCAAUGGUGGUGUCCCCCCUCUACAUAUUCGUGGGAGGACUGUCUGCAACCAGGAGGGCUGAGCUGGUCCUCGAGAACAUCUCUGACAGCCACAGAAGCCAUCAAGUCGUCCAUUCCGUGAGAGAUAACCACCAGCUGUUUGAUCAGUGUCAAGUCCCCGCCAUAUGCUCGCUGGUCUGUGAAGCUCUGCAGCUCCAGGAGAAGCUGGGAGAGAAAGCCCCCCGAGUCUGCCAGACCUUCACCAGUUUGUAUGCCACCUUGGUGUUUUACCAGCUCACGCCGAGAGAGCCUUCCCGGAGCUGUCUCAAUCCGGAAGAGCGCCUUACCCUGAUAGGCUUAUGCAGGAUGGCAGCCGAGGGCGUGUGGAACAUGAGGUCGGUGUUCUAUUGGACUGACCUGCAGACCCGCGGCCUGAGGGAGUCUGAGAUCUCGGCCCUCUUUCACAUGAACAUCCUCCUCCGGGUUGACCACGGCGCCGAGUGGUACUAUGUUUUCUUCCACCUCAGCCUGCAGGAUUUCUGUGCUGCCUUGUAUUAUGUCUUAGAAGGGCUGGAGAAAUGGGAUCGGCCCUCUUUCAUCAUUAAAAACCCGAGGAGCCUCAGGCGGACCGACUUCAACACUCACCUCCUUGGGAUGAAGCGCUUCUUAUUCGGCCUCAUGAACAAAGACACAAUGGCAACCCUAGAGGUGCUGCUGGGAUGUUCCGUGCUCCCCUCUGUGAGGCAGACACUCCAAGACUGGGUCUCGGAGCUAGGUCAGCGGGUCAGUGCCACCAGCCCGAUGGAUGUCCUGGAUGCCUUCCACUAUCUCUUCGAAUCUCGGGAUGAAGAAUUUGUUUGCGGGGCGCUGAAUAGCUUCCAAGAAGUGUAUCUUCUGGUUAACCAGAAGAUGGACUUAAUGGUAUCUUCCUACUGUCUCCAGCACUGUCAGAACCUGAGGACACUGCGGCUGGAUGUCAGAGACAUCUUCUCAGUGAAUAAGAAUACUGAUCUGUGCCCUUUCGUUCCCCCGGGGACACAGAACAAGCCCCUCAUCCUGGAGUGGUGGGAGAAGUUCUGCCGUGUCCUCGGCACCCACAAGAACCUGAAGCAGCUGGACCUGGGCAACAGCGUCCUGAAUGAAUGGGCCAUGAAGACACUAUGCCUCAAACUGAGGACUCCGACCUGUAAUGUACAGACUCUGACGUUUAAGGGUGCAGAGGUAACCCUCGGCCUUCAGUACCUCUGGGUGACCCUCAUUAGCAACCGGAAGUUAAAAUACCUCAACCUGGGGAACACACUCAUGAAGGACGAUGACGUCAAGUUAGCCUGCGAAGCGUUGAAACACCGGAACUGCUCCCUGGAGACUUUGCGAUUGGAUUCCUGCGAGUUAACCUCCGGCUGUUACCUGGAGAUCUCCAAGCUGCUUCUCUCAACCACCAGCCUCAAAUCUCUCAGCCUGGCAAGAAAUAAGGUGGCAGAAAAAAGCAUGAGGUCGCUUUGUGAGGCCUUGAGUAGCUCCCAGUGUUCACUGCAGAAGCUGAUACUGAACCAGUGCGACCUCAAAGGAGACGCCUAUGGUUUCCUGGCGCUGAUGCUUAUCAACAACAAAAAGCUGACCCACCUGAGCCUGACGAUGAACCCCAUGGAGGAUGGCGGGGUGAAGCUUCUGUGUGAGGCUCUCCGGGAGCCGACAUGUCACCUCCAAGAGCUGGAACUGGUGGGCUGCCAGCUCACGGAGGAUUGCUGUGAAGAUCUGGCCUGCGUGAUCACAGCCAACAAGCAAUUGACGAGCUUGGAUCUCGGUAACAACGCCCUGGGUGACGUCGGAGUCAUGGCCCUGUGCAAGGGGCUGAGGCAUGAGGACAGCUCCCUGAAGAGACUUGGGUUGGAGGCCUGCGGGUUGACUUCCGAAUGCUGUGAGGCACUGUCACUGGCCCUGUCUUCCAACCAGCUCCUCACCAGCCUAAACCUGAUCAAGAAUGACUUCAAUACGUCGGGGAUGUUGAAGCUGUGCUCUGCAUUCCUGCAUUCCACCUCUAAACUGCGGAUCAUCGGCCUGUGGAAGCAGCAGUACUAUGCCCAGGUGAGAAGGCAGCUGGAGGAAUUGCAGUUUACCAAGCCCCAAAUGGUGAUUGAUGGUGACUGGUAUUCCUUUGACGACGAUGACGACCGUAACUGGUGGAAAAACUGAAGACAUGAGUCCCCUUCUGCCCCGGG